UUUAGUAGGAGGCGAGCUCCCAGCGCGUUUCUGCCCUUCGCGGAGUACAUGCGUGAUGGCCUUCCAUGGCCAGCAAGGUCAUGGCCUGCCUGCUAGGCACUCCACAGGAGGGCCCUCAGUGCAGCUGACUGAGCUGCCAUCGAGCACCAGUCCAGGUCGCCACACCAUAUCGGUGCCCGAGGCUGAGCUACCGGAUGUGUGGGAGUACCACCAGCGCAGGUCCACUGUGUCUCAGGCCAUGCCGGCAAUGCCGGCAAUGCCGGCAACGCCGGCAACGCCGGCAACGCCGGCAAUGCCUAUGCCUCCAGUCAGCUGGCCGGCAAGGACAUCCUUGACAGAGCCAGGCACGCAGAUCUGGCAGCCACUCAACGCGGCGCGAGUCGAGCAGGCUAGCAGCUAUCAUCAGAGGCCGUCGCUGCAGCCAAUGGGUGUAGAGGAAAUCGAGCACGGCUGCGGCCCUCGAGAACGGCGAUCCUUGCAGGUCAUCGGAAAGAACGAUCGCCUCAUGCGCCUUGCUUUGUCCUGCAGCGCCUUCCUUCUGGCGCUGCUGCUGCUGAACAGCAGCUCCUGGCAGGAGGAAACCAUGGUCGCGAAGCCGGACGAAAUACACAGAGUCUACUCCACGAUGAUGACCAUGAUCCCCGGCGGCAAGACCACUCAGCCAAAGAAGCUGUCCAGGAAGGUGCAGCCUGUCUUCGAGCUCCGGGCCGGGCUCUUUACCGCUUACGUGGUUGGGAUUUGCAAGCCUGGAGCUGGCUUCGAUUACAUGGUCGACCCGGUUGCCUGCAACCGGAAGCUCGAAGCCUUUUGCGACUCCCUGCAUGACAGCACUCCGAACGACCGCUGGCUGAAGCUCGCUGACCGGCUUCAUAGCAGCUGCCUUUCGACAGUGCAGACAGAGCAGGGCUUGCGGGUGCCUUUGCUUUGGGGCCCUGUGCGCCGACUCUGGGAGCACGAGCCGGCGGAUGGGGACAUCGGGGAUUUGGAGCAGCAGUUCCAGGUGGCGCCCGAGGACUGGUCCUCGGAAUUCUGCAGCACGGUCGCAGACUGCGAGGUCUUGGAGUCCCUGAGGCCUUGGUCCUUCCUGUCGCUUUUUGCGCUCAUCGCCGCAGUCACAUCGCUCUUCAUUGCAGUGAUUUGUGACGCCCUCGACGCAGCCAAAUCAAAGCCGGACUACGCCAAAAUAGGUUUUCGAUGUACAAUGGUCUCCUUAGCGCUGUUCGCAGCCACCGCCUGCAUCUACCUCCACACUGCGAAGACCUACCCGGUGAGCAGCUACAUCCGCAGUGAAAGCCUGUUCUACUUCAUGCUUCCGGAGCCUGGGGAGUCGACUCAGGAGCUGGCGCGGUCUUUGGCGGCAACCGGCGCUGACAGUGUUGCAAAGAGGUGGAAAGCGCUUCUGCUCUCUUUGACAGGAGCACUGCUGCGAGGUGUGAUGGAGGGCGACAUGUCGCUUUUUUACCAGCAGCUGCAGGAGACGAUCUCCAGCGCGUGGAAGGUGGCGGACGUACUGUUCCAACGCUGGCUGAAGUACAUGCGCUACGCGCUCGCCCAAGCGCCGUCUGAUGGCUCGCUGAUUCUCAGGGACAUCACUACCAAAUUGGAGGAGCUGGAUGGCCAACUUGUUCAGCUCAUGCCCAACGAGAUGAACGAGACGACCGAGGAGCAGACAAUUGCCAAGGAGUUGGGCGAAGAACUGCGCAAGCAAGUGGUGCAGAUGCUGGAUGUCAACAGCAGGGCCACGAAGUUGGUGAAUGACGGCCAGGAGCUGGUCAAUGCCAUCCUGCGAGCCUGGCACGACAUUCAUGGGCCCAUCCUGGCCUUGAUCGAGCGUGUCCGAGCUGCCCUCCAUAAGGGCGCCAGGGCGGCGGAGAAGGCGUUGAUUUUGGUGCAGGACUUGGCGCUAGACAAAGCCACGGUGAAAGAUUUGAAGACCAUCUUCACCCGUCUCUUCGAUGCCUUGCCGAAGGUCAUCAGCGGUGUGGGCAAGGUGGCGGAGGAUUUUAAUCUCCUCACCGCGGGUGUGGGCCCGCUAGUCAACCAGACUCGCCGGACGCUGCACAAGAGCUCCUCCUGCCUGGCUCGCUUCGCACACCUUGAGCGUGAGCAAGCGGAGUCACGUGCGCUGGAACUGGCGAAUGGCUUCCUCAAGGACCUGAGCAAGCCAGAAGGCCUGAAGCGUCUGUCCCAGGUGUGGGCGCAGUUCUCAGCAGAGGACCUUUCCCUGCUCUUCCCCACGGCAGCUCGCCGGCUUGGGUCAGCAGAUUUCAGCAUCGCGGCGCUGGUGAAGCCGUUGACCUCCUCCUUGGCAAGUCCAAUGGCGCGCAUCAGCAGCAUCUUUCUCCUGCAGCCGCCUGCCUUUGGAUUAAUCAGCUGCAGAAUAUUGGAAGAAGCACGGGGUUUCAUCCAAUGGAGGAGCAGCAGCUUUGCUCCUGGCAGAUGCCGUCUGCUUGCACCAAUCUGGGCCUCAGCUUCUUUAGCCUCGUGCUGCUGCAGCUUCUGAUCAUUGGCGGCGUCUUGUCGCUGGGGAUGAAGCGCUUUGCCUAGAGACCUGUGUUAGGGGCGCUCUGGCGAGCUGCGAUUUGGGCAGCAGUUCGCAAACUGUAUGUGUGUAUGUGUGAGGAUGGGGCACUUUCUUAG